CUUCUUAGUUCUUACAUUACAUAAACAACUAAGCAACAAAGAAAAAAAAAAAGCGUUCUUGGUAAUACAGUUAAACAAAAUGAACUCUUCAUCUUCAGAAUCAUCGUCUUUUAAAUCAUCAUCUUCAGAAUCGUUCUCGUGGGAAGAUAUUAACCUACCGAAUAUUCUUCCUUUUAUCGAGAACGAUUCUGAAGAUAUGUUUUGGCUAGAAAACACCCUGUUGUCUAGCGUAAACACCCCAACCACCACCACCACCGCCACCACAAGACCGCCAACUUCAUCCUCGUUGACGAAUCAUGUCAAGGAGGAAGAAGUGACUUCAUCAAUGUCGUCAUCGAUCAAAGCUGAAAAGUCGUACCGAGGGGUAAGAAAGAGGCCAUGGGGGAAGUACGCAGCUGAGAUAAGGGAUUCAACUAGGAAUGGUGUAAGAGUUUGGUUAGGAACCUUUGAUACACCAGAGGCGGCUGCUUUAGCUUAUGAUCAAGCCGCCUUUUCGACUCGUGGGGCGAUGGCUGUUCUUAAUUUUCCGGCGGAUGUAGUAAAGGAAUCUCUAAAGGAGAUGAACUAUGAGUUUGGAAAUGGGUGUUCACCUGUUUUAGUGAUGAAAAAUAGACUUUCUAUAAGGAAGAAUAAGUCUAUGAGCAAGAAAAACAGAGGGAAAACCAGGGAAUCAUCUUUGGGAAAUAAUGUGUUUGUUUUUGAAGAUUUGGGUUCUGAUUAUUUGGAACAAUUAUUGAUAGAAAGUGAAGGCAUUAGUUUUUAAUUAGCUAGGUUAAUUGAUGAGGUGAUAUUUUAAAAUUACCUCAAAAUGAAAAAUAUUGUUUUAGUUUUUGUGAAUUUCUAGCUCUUUUGUUUUUAAAUUUUAUUUUUGAGUUUUUUCUUGUAAAAUUUUGGAUAUGAAAUAUAUAUGUGAAUUCAUAAAUUUUUACUUUA